GCCAUCAGGUAUACAGUUUAUUUGUAAAGUCUCAAAUUGACAAAAGCAUUCAUUUUUAAAUAAUCAAAAAUAUCUUACGUUGUGCUUUUUAUAAAAACGUUCCAUAAAUAAUCUUCGAUGCAUAAAAAUUAAUUAUUUUUAUAUCGUGGUUUUUCGAAUGUAAUCGUACGCUAUUGUGUGAUCUCACCAAACAGAGCGCGGAAGUACAAAAAAGCGUACGUCAAACUGUCAAAGAAUCCUUAUGUCAAUUUGUUUAUAGCUAUAAGCGUUGAUGAAUGUCUGAGAGUGAUACUUACGAUUCGGCGGACGAAUAUACAAGCCUAAUGGACGGUCACGUCGCGGAAUCUCGCACGGACGAUUUGGGCUUGGUCACUGGUCGAAAAAGGCGUUCGCGUAUUAGUAACGAAGAGAUUGAAAAUGGAAUUCCUGAGGUCCAUAUUCAAACACCAGGUAUAUCAAAUAAUGCAAGUUCAGGUAGAAGAGGUACAUUAAGUAGUAGUGUCCAGGGUAGAUCAAGAAAUUAUAGAGAUGAAGAAGAAGAAGAAUUAAAAUAUGGAGCAGCACAUGUUAUUAAAUUAUUUGUGCCUGUAUCUCUUUGUAUGUUAGUUGUAGUUGCCACAAUUAGUUCUAUAAAUUUUUACACAACCAAAGGAAUGUAUUUAGUAUACACUCCAUUUCAUGAAGACAGUGCUGACACAAGUACAAAGGCUUGGCAAGCAGUUGCCAACUCUUUAAUACUAAUGAGUGUCAUUGUAUUUAUGACUGUGAUACUUAUUGUUCUAUAUAAAUAUAAAUUUUAUAAAGUAAUCCAUGGAUGGUUGAUAAUAAGUUCCUUAUUGUUGUUAUCUAUGUUUUCUAUGUUAUAUUGCGAACAAGUAUUAAAAGCAUAUAACAUUCCAAUGGAUUUGUAUACAUUAGGUUUAGUUUUGUGGAAUUUUGGAGUAGUUGGAAUGAUAUGUAUACAUUGGCAAGGUCCUCUACAAUUACAACAAGCAUAUCUUAUUUUUAUCUCUGCUCUAAUGGCGCUUGUUUUUAUUAAAUAUUUACCAGAAUGGACAGCAUGGGUUGUACUUGGUGUUAUUAGUAUUUGGGAUUUAAUUGCUGUGUUAACACCAAAAGGACCUUUAAGAAUACUUGUAGAGACUGCACAAGAGCGAAAUGAAUCUAUUUUUCCUGCAUUAAUUUAUUCUUCGACAAUUAUGUACACAGCUACAAUGACUUAUGCUGGUUAUGUACAAACAGCAACAAUGACUACUAAUGAUACUGCUGCUAGUGAUAACACAACAUAUACUAUGAAUAAUCAAGCAAAUAAUCAAAAUAAUUCUACAUCUGGAGAUGCAGAAGAGGGCGGAUUUACACCUGAAUGGAUAGAUACACAUGGUGAUCGAGGAGCAAGACGAGCACAAGAAGUACGUGAAAAUACCUUGUCUUUAACAGAAAGAUCAAGACAAGAUAAUCGUGUUGCACGUGAAUCACAAGGACAACAAGUCCCAAUUACUGAGGAGGAACGAGGAGUGAAAUUAGGUCUUGGUGAUUUUAUAUUUUACAGCGUUUUAGUUGGGAAAGCUUCCAGUUAUGGCGAUUGGAACACUACAUUAGCUUGUUUCGUUGCUAUUCUUAUUGGACUUUGUUUAACAUUAUUAUUGCUGGCUAUUUUUAAGAAAGCAUUGCCAGCAUUACCGAUCUCUGUUACAUUUGGUUUAACAUUUUAUUUUGCCACGAGAGUAAUUGUUGCACCAUUUGCAGAUAAAUUAGCGAGCGAGCAAGUGUUCAUUUAACUUAGUUCGUGCCAUCAAACUACGGACUACACGUGCCACAUAUUAUGCCGAAUUUUCCUUUUUGUCUAGAGACUCUUACCUUCUCCCACCAUUGAUGAAAUCUUUGUGCACGUUCGUGAUUGCUCAUGAAUUCUUGAAACUGACGAUGCUUGGACUGCAAUGUUGUGCGCAGAGAGGCAACUUCCCUACAUAAAUUUUCUACCUAGUACCACACACACACAGAUAUCGAUGCAUUAACAAAAAAGAUAACUGAAAACAAUAUAGUUUAGACGUUUUCCUUUCUUUUUUUUUCUUUUUUUUUUAUUUUAUUUUAUUAUUAUUAUUAUUAUUUUUUUUUUUUGAUGAAAGAUGAAUUCUAAAUAAUAACAAUGAAAAACAAAAGAUUUUACAAAUCAUCAUGUAUAUAGAUAUUUAAUUAUGAGAUGUAAGAGACAAAUAAUGUUCAAUAAAUAAAAAUAAAAAUAAAAGCAUGCUACUUUUUAUGCAUAAUAGGGACUACAUAAUAUUAGUUUAUAUUAUAUAUAGAAUUAUUAACAAAUUCAAUUAAAUAUAAAAUUAAGAAUUAAUGGUAAAAAAAGAAGAAAACAGAAAUGAAAUGAAAUAAUCGCGAUAAUACAUUACCUUAAUAAUUCUGUUAGUUAGGUUUUUAAAUCCAACAUCAGCACUCGACAAAGUGCACGUGCGGACGUAUCCCAACAAAAUUGUUAACAAGAUACACUGGGUUUGUUAAUCGGGAGCGUUAAUUCUCUCGACCAUAUACGUGUAACGCUUAAUAGAAUGUGUGAGAUAGAAUACAGAUAACAGAAGUGUGCGUGCAAUAUUAUAUCGUGGAAGAUCGAAGGCCAAUUUUUGUAAGAAAAAUUUAUUAAUCAACAAUAUUCGUAUAUAUAUAUAUUAUAUAUAUAUGUAUAUAAUAACAACAGUUUUUUCUUCUUUCUCGCAUAACAAACCCAUAUAUAUAUAUAUAGACGUUUCUACAAAAAACAAGGCCAAAUAUGUACAUAACACGUUCUUCUUCUUUUUUUUACUCUGUUCACUUAACAGUCGUCUACAAGGUACUUAACGUAUAACAUUCCACAGAAUGCCAUAUUUGUCCGGCAAUAUCUUGUCAACACUGGCACUUUAAUCAUAAUCGUUCAGGCAACUUAUCGCCAAUAAGCUUUUCUAUCGCUAUUAAAAAAAAUAAGCGUUAAAAUCUCUACAGGCAGCUAUCAUCUGCGUGAAAUUAGGCGCAUUUUAUAUUAACCCGUAAUAGAACCUGCAUGAAAAUAAAAAAGUAUAAUACAAAAAAAGAUAGACAUUUCUUUUAUAUAUAUAUAAAAAUGAUUCAAUUACAUAUUGGACAAAUAUUGUCCUAUUAACAAUGUAAUUGUACAUUAAUUACAUUAUAUUACAGUCAGGAGAAAAUCCUGAUAUUAGACGCCAUUCAUUGCUUUGAAGCACCUUAAGCUUUUUUUUAAAUAAAUUUCUAAAUCUAUAUUAAAUUGAAGUGAAAAAAAAAAUUAUCAUUAUCAACGAUAAUUUUAUAGCACGUUUUUAUAUUUAUACUUGUGUAUUCAAUGUUCAUUUUCAUGUGAAGAUAUGGAUAUGAAUUAACAUGAUGUUUUUUUGCUAUGUAUCAAUUUGAUUGAUACA